GGCACCCCAAGCUCUCACACUAACUACCACACCAGCUACCACACCAGCCUUCACUUCCUGCAGUAACCGAACAGAAUCCCCCAUCAACAAAACUGGCAGUAAGUCCCCAGAAUUAUUUCAAUGUUUUAAGGUAACCUUUUAAAACCAAAUAUUUCACAAUAUUGGUAUUCCAUAACCUAAUAGUCACAGAGGGAUUAUGUUUAUAAUGUUUGCAAAGGUGUAGCCCCCCCCCCUUCCCCCCCAUCAAUUAAGUGAUUUAGAAACAAACAUAACCACGUCCUUCGUCAUCUCUUUUGCGCAACGCUUUGAUACGAUGUGAUAUUUCAAUCCAUUGGGGACUCUGUUGGACAACCACUGUGAACGAGUUCAGAACAGAACUGGCCAGAGAAGAAGACAACGGAGGAGUGACUCUCCGCCAAGAGUCCUGGGCUUCUAACAUAAUGUGAAGCCAAGACAAACCAGUUGGGAGGUCCCCAACGGUGAGCUGCAGCUGACACAGGGCCCGUAAUUGCUUGGGGUCAAAGGUUAACUCAAACCUUGUUACGAGCAGCCCCCCCACCUGGCUGCAUUCCCUGUAUUGGUCCCGAAUUCACCCCAUGCAACGUCUGUGUUCACUGCAUGAACUCUGGAGUGGAGAAACAACAGGAACUUUGAAGACGCUAGCCCCCCUUUAAGAGUUCUUCACCCGGCAUUUUGCCUCUCCCCUCAACCCCUUUCUCCCUCUCCAGCUCCCCCAUUUCUGAGCUCCUCCUUUGCUGAAAAGACACAUUUCCUGAUGUCAUUACUAAAUCAAAACGUUGCUCAGUAAACAGAUGUGUUGAGGGGCCCAACCAACCCACAUGUUCACAUUGUGUAUAGGUUGUCCUGAGAAGACAUCCACUAGUCUUUUUCAAGUCACUCUAAUGUUGUUUCGCCACCCCCACAGCCACUGAAACGAUAAGGGGCUUAAUGUGGAACAUUGUUUUAGCGAUGAUGAAGAGGCUGUCUACCCGCUUGGUCUUUGAAGAGCAGUAGGAGAAUGAAACACUAGUCCCGCUGAGGUAUCAGUCGUACAGCUGCACAUGGCUCAAGGUAUUACAUGAACAUUCAGGAGUCCAUCCAUGUUCCCAGGCUUGUCCUAUUGUGGAAGCCCUGGAGGUACCAGUCGAUUAGAUUUCUCUGCUUUAGCUGCCUGUGGCUGCUGGAGUAAAGUGAGAGAAGAGGAGAGAGAGCGGUCUUUCCAGCAGCUGGCUGACUACAAUAACAUCUUCCAGAUUCUGAUCAAAAUAACUGAGAUACGAAUCCACAGCCGUCUGCACUGCACAGCCGUGCGUAGUCAUGAUUACGUCCACCCCUAAACCCACUAGUCCUAAAUGUUUACUCAUGUUUCCGAUCUAGCAUAGGCAGCCCUCAAGGCAAAUAAAUCACAAGUCAGCCAAGCCUUUCGCCUGGGAGAAUUUGAGACUAAAAAGCAGAACAAGAGUUAAGGAGUAAACGGGUUUCAGAUGUGAGUCCAGCCCAGUCUGGGUGUGCUCUGUUUUAUUUGAAAGAGAGAGCGAAAGAGCAAGAGAGAGAGAGGACGAUCUUUCGAGCCUCCACCCCUUUAAAAGGCAAGACAGUCCUAAAGAAAUGCACUGGAGAGGGGAAGAGCUUGCUGCCAAGGAGAGGGCAGACAGACAGACAUCCUCAAGGAACAUCUGGCAACCGUGGGUAACACCGUUCAGACAUCUGGUAACCGAGGGUAACACCGCGUCUAGCUGCUUCCACCCUGUGGAGUUUCCUGUUAUGCCUCGCAGGGCUUGGUGGAAGAAGAUCAGGCUCUCUCGGGGUUGGCGUAGCUCAUCGGGGGAAACUCUCCUGUGUUCACUUCCUCUGACAUGAAGGGAGUGCUUAGCUUCUUUGGGGUGUUCCUCUCCGUCCUCUCUGAUGUAAGCUAUGGAGAGAAUGAAUUUGGCAGUGAAUUAGGUUGUGGAAAUAAGACUUCUUACUGUAUUGAUUUCUGUAAGUUGUGUGAUGAGUUAUUUCAUACAAGAAUGGAGUGCUACUCUAACUUAUAUGACAUACAGUGCCACAAGCCUUUUAAAGAAGGCAUGGAGUCCUUUAACCACACUGAUUGGUGCAACUGGGAAAAUGUGAAGAGGAUGUACAACACCUUCACACUGUGCACGGAGGACAUAGCGGAGUGUCUGAAGAUCCCCUGGCCCAACUGGAUGGUGGAGAAUAGGUUUGUUGAGAUCCACUCUGUGUUCUUCCGAGACUGUCCCAACGAGGAGCUGAGCGACCCCCCGCCCAGCAUCGUGUUUGCCCUGGUGAUGGCCCCCAUCUGCCUCAUCCCCGUCAUGGUGGUGCUGGUGGUGCUCAAGACCAAGAAUGGAGACGGAAAUUCUUGAUCGGACAUCCUGGAUCCAUCCACGUCCUCCCUGACUCACCCCCACCCAUUGUUUAGGCUUUCGCUCUCCCUACCCUCUGGGGACUCAAGACUGGGGCUGAUGUCUAAUUCUCGGGCUCAUUGUCUGGUAGAGACGGAACAGUAGCAAGUGGGCAAGGUUUGAGUUUAGAGGAUUAGGUCGACGUUACACACUUUGCCACUUACACGGGUUCCAGAAAGGGUCUGUCUGUGUUGUGUCACCUGUCAGUUUAAUAUCAUCCGAAUUUCCUUUGUCCCUUUGUUCCUCUAUGCUCCUUUCACUAGUGAUGGGUGGUGUGUAACAGAUGUGGGGUUUUUAACUUCUAAGUCCGGGGUUGUGCUCAAUUCAGAAUUGAGUCAAGAAUCCCUCAUGAAUUCCAAUUGGAUUCUUGACUUUGAAUUACAGUAGGAGACAGGAUCAUUCCAAAACAAAUUAAAUGAAGGAAUAUAGAUCUCAAUUUAGUGGAAUUCUCUUGAAUUCAAAUGUCUCUUCUAUUCUAAAUCAGUAGUCUAUUUGUAAGUAGAAAUUGUGCACAAAGUAUUUUAAAGAAUGUAAUAUUAAAUGCUGUGCUGUUUAACAUAGACCACAUAAAGAAUCCAAAAAAUAUAUUGUAUAUAAGCUUACUAAAAGUUUUCCAUUUUGACAUGUCCCUCUGUCACUUCUAAGAACAUUUCAAACCACAUCGCUGUACACCAAAAUCCUUUUUAAGUUUCAAUCCCAGUUAUUUUUGGCACUUUGACAAGUCAUUGCUGAAGUUUACCAUUUAAUUCUUGCAAUCACACAUUCAAUUCCAUCUUUCCCAGUUUAGGGUAGACACUGUAGAUAAUUUAACAGGCACUCUUAUCCCAAGUGAAUUACUGUAGUCAUUAUGUUUCAUUUUGUUCCCCUGUGGGAAUUGAACCUUCAAGAACCUAGCAUUGCAAGAGCCAAACUAGACCCAGAUGAAGUUGUGUAUUUUUUCUUUGCAGCCACUUUUAUCCAAAGUGACUUACACCACUCCUUAACCACUGAGCCUAUCUAUGUUAUCCAUGUAAUAGUCAAAUUGUUCAAUAUCAUGUCUUACAAUUGUCCCUGUUCCACACAAUUAACUAAUUAACUAAUAUGAACUUACUAUGCUAUAUAAGCAUUUUUUAAAACCUUUAAAAAAUGAGAACAAUUAUGAUGUCCUCUUCCAUCGAUUGGUGGAACGAUUUAAGUCUUCCAUGUGAAUAAUUUCCCAGAAGCCAUAAGUUUAGCCUCUAAGUUCACCCAAAAGCCUUGAAAAAAGUUGUCAAGCUAAUGAAAUAAUUGGUGGAUAUGUAACUGGUUAAUAAGUAAGCCCCACUUACAUUAUUCUGAACAGAGCACGAUCAUACUCCCUACACACUUAAUUAAGCAAAGUAAAGUGACUCUCAAAAGUGUUCUUGUUUUUCACUUCGACAAUAUUAACUUGUUUUGUUAAUCAGUGGCAAAAACACCUAAAUCCAUUUUCAUUUAAUGUUGUAACGCAUUAAAAUGUGGAAAAGUCCAAUGGGGUGAUUAACUUUGAGAGCCACAGCAUAUAACGCAAUAGGGCUUCUGACUCAAACAUUCCAUUCCAUGACCAGUUCAAUUUAAUGCCACAGGUGGGACCUGACGUAGACUAUGACGAAAUGGUCACAUGUCUGUAAAUGCUUGUUUAAUGUGAAAUGUACUUGUUUAAUUGUUGUGUAUAGUUGUAUUGACAGGAACUAAAGAUUGUCAAGAUGACAGCAAAGCAGUUAUUUUGAGGAAUUCUUACAGUUUGGGGAAAUGUGUCUCGCAUUGAUGGACAUUCGGGUUGAUAACCAAUGACAAAGGCAUUGUGUUUUCCAUGGCCAAAUUAAUUUAGUUACACCUAAGGAUGUCCAGAGGACAUUUUAUCAUGCCUAGGAAUGGGGAGCAUGUAAAACCAUAGAACAAAAUGCAAUGUAUCCACAAAAUCGGCAGCUCAACUGUCUUUGAAUGUGUUUGCAUAUGCAGGAUCUCUCAUAAGGCUUCUGGAGUUCCCCCUUUACUGUGCCUCUGAGUGUUGAAUAUAGGUGUAGCAAGGCAUGGGUAUGGAAUGUAUGAGGUUGGCGGAGAGAAGGCAUGAUCAGGGUUUUGGCCAAUUGUGACAUCGAAGGAGGUUGGGGGUCAAGGUUCGGGGGCUGGACACAAUUGGUUGGUAGCCUACGCCCAGCAUGCAGGCCUCGGGAUCGUUUCCAGGCAUUGUCUUCCUGCUAGCAUUAGGGAAGAGCACUUUGACCCCAGUUUUUUCUUGACAAUGAUGGUCUCCACAUUUGCCCUGUGAUGAGCCAGUUGACGUAUGCCUGAUAACUGAAUCAAGCAUCAGAUUAAAUCACUGUAGAUAUUUGGUCUCCCCCUUAGCUUGGACACUGACUGAAGACAGAAGAAAAAAUUAUGUCUAUCUGUCCUCAACCUAUGUUGUUAAGUUUUAAGGGACUUUUUUUUAUUAUUUUUACACUUUUAAAAUUUCUAGGGAUUUUUUUAUUAUGCUGUUGUGAAUAAAAAUGAAUCAAUUUUGAAAAACAAAGAAAUAUGAAUGCUCAUGUAUUGUAUUUCUGCUCUUACUCUGGUCAUAAGACUUACUGGACUUUG